AAUCCGGCCCCAUAAUGCCGGACUGCCACGUUGCCAGGUGAUUGCCACUGAUUCGUUGGCGGCGGCAAGGGUUCACCUAUCCAGCUCCAUCGUCUGAUUAUCGCAGGACUGCCUUUCUCCAAAGUACCUUUCCAUCAGUGUGUAAACCGCGAUCGCAAACAAAACCUAACACAUGCUGGACUUGCAGGAUUCAUCUCCGGCACGGCAUCUUGGCGUCGCUACCGCAAGGAACCAACUCCAGAGACCCCGCUUACCAUGUGGUCGGUUCCGCGAGUGAACCCGGAAAAUCGGAUGUCACCUUGAUGGAUUCAACAGAUGAAUAUUUAACCAGCAACCCAGGACCCGUCUGAGUGAGGGUCUCGUGCAGCGGUCUUUUCCCACGCCCUCCCACUGCCGUCAAUAUGAAGACAUCAAGCCUCGCCGCCGCCUUGUUGGCAGUCGCUCCCACAGCCGCCACCGGUUGGACCUGGGCUGCUGCCCACGGCAAGUCGAUCAACUUCACCUCGGUCUCUGGCUACUUCGUCCAAGAUGACGCGGCAACCAACCCUUCAGGGUUUGACUAUGCGAGCGUCAACUUUGGCCUGAUCAACCGGACAUACCCUACCGACAAGCGCUUCGAUCCAAACGGCGAAAAAACGCAAUGGCAACGCUUUGAGGCCUUUGUCAAGUUUCUGAAUUCUGCCUGCAGCAAGAGGCGCGGCGUUCAGUACAAGCUGCUGUUCAUCGGCCGUCACGGCGAGGGCUGGCACAAUGCUGCCGAGUCCUUCUACGGCACUCCCGCCUGGAACUGCUACUGGGCUGAACAGGAGGGCAAUGGCACGGCCGUAUGGGCGGAUCCACUGCUGACGCCGGCCGGCGAGGUCGAGGCCUACAAGGCGAAUGCCUACUUCAAGGACCGUUAUGAGACGCAGAAGCUGCCGUUCUUCGAGUCGUACUACACCAGCCCCCUCUCCCGGUGCACCAUCACCGCCAACCUCACCUUUGGCGACAUCAGUCUCCCUGCGGACCGCCCAUUUGCCCCUAUCGUUAAAGAAGGAUUCCGGGAGGGCAUGACGGUGCACACCUGCAACCGGAGGUCGAGCAAGACCUACAUCUCCAAAAUGUUCCCCUUCUACCAGUUCGAAGAGGGCUUCACCGAGGAAGACGAGCUCUGGCGGGCCGACGAGGCCGAGACGGACGCCGCCUUUGCCGUGCGCGCCAAGGAAGUCCUCGACGACGUCUUCACGACGGACCCAAAGACGUGGAUCAGCAUCACGGCCCACUCCGGCGCCGCCACCCGGCUCCUGGCCGCGCUAAACCACCGCCCUUUCCGCCUCGCCACGGGCCAGAUCAUCCCCGUGCUGGUCAAGGCCGAGGCCGUCGAGCGGCAGCCCACGCCCCCGUUCGACGCGCACGAGCCCUACUCGACCUGCGACGCCCCGCCCAUCACGUCGGUUGCCGGCCAGGGAUGUGUCUGCGCCACGUCGACGACGUCGGCGCUACCUUCGGCCACUGGCGAGCCUGAUGAGUGCCCAACGGAGUGAAAGGGAAGUGGUAGUGUCAAUAAUGUGGACAUCUACUGAGUGGUAGAACCACCUUGCUGCAUUCGAAAGUAAUUAAAGUAAUCAGUGUACCUUGCGUGCCUCUGGCGUGUUUAGAGUAAUUCUCCUUCAGAUUUUUUCCAACCAGCGUUGCAUUUCAGCCCCCGCUGCCAAAGA